UUGAUAUCAUUGAAUAAACCUAAUCUACCGGAAUAUAAAUUGGAAGAAAUUCAAAUUCCUAGAUUCACUAUUAUACAUUAUUCGAUCUUAAAAGCAUUUUGGGACUGGCUUAUUCUAAUCAUGGUAUUAUAUACUGCUAUAGUUACGCCUUUUACAGCUUCCUUUAUUAUAGCUCAAGAUGUUCAGCGUACUAUACUUGAUCGUAAUCCUGAGACCAGAGUGAAUCAUGGAGUAUUAAACCCAUAUUCAGAUCCCCUCUUUAUCAUUGAUUGGAUAGUAGACAUUACUUUUAUUGUUGACAUUCUAAUAAAUUUCCGUACGACUUACGUCAAUUCGAAUGAUGAGAUUAUCACGGAUUGGAAAAAGAUCGGUUUACAUUAUUUAAAGAGUUGGUUUAUAAUCGAUCUUAUUGCUGCAAUUCCUUUCGAAUUAUUUAUUGGAGGAGAACAAAAUGAGCAGGUAAAAAUUUAUAACAAUAUUACAAUUAUAUCUAUUUUACUUUUUGAUCUGAUGUACUACAAAAGUUAA